CCAAACCUGCGCGGUUAUUAACAUCAUGGAGAAUCUUACAGAGUAUCCCGAAUAUUACAUUGGUUCAUCCGAGUCGGAUGUCGACUAUAACUGGUACGAAGACCUGUUUGGCGCCGAGUAUUCUUUUCCCCUUCAUAACAAAACGGCGGAGGAGCAUGUCCUUCCGGACAGAUUAACCGGAGCGGAGACAGAUCCGGACGUUUCUAUCUUCAUGAAAGCCAUCCUGGGAUUGGUCUACACGCUGACCAUGAUCACAUGUGGCGGGAUUAACCUAAUUCUGAUCUACGUCAUCAUUCAGUACAAGAAGAUGCGGAACAUGACGAACAUGUUGAUCGCUAAUCUGGCCAUGUCGGAUUUUCUCAUGGCGGUCAUCUGUGUGCCAUUUGUGAUGGACUACUAUAUCGUCCAGUCCCGCGUGUGGACUCACGGACAGACGGCCUGUGCAGCGGUCAACUACACCAAGACCAUGUCUCUGUACAUGUCUACCAACGCACUACUGGUCAUCGCUAUCGACAGGUACUUGGUGAUCUGCCAUCCCAGUAUCACACGACUGACAGGGAAAGGAGCGGCUGGUGUGGUUGCCUUGGCUUGGCUGGCGGCCAUCUUGUUCGCGGUGCCUGCUGGGAGAUAUUCAGUCGUCAUCCCAUACCCCACGGCUGAGCGUGUCUUUUGUGGUCAACUCUGGCCAAUACAUGAAAAACAGAGGUACCGAGUAUAUUACUUGUCGGUGUUUGUCCUGGAGUUCGCCCUGCCAGUGUUGAUAAUGAUCUUCUGCUACAGCUGCAUCCUGAAGAAGGUGUGCUGCCGCCGGAUCCCGGGCCAUCAGACAAGCCUGCAGGCAUCAGCAGUUGCCAAGUCCCGUCUGAAGGCAGUUCGUAUCCUGGUUGUCAUCCUGGUUCUGUACAUCGUGUGCUGGGGACCGUACCAUGGGGUUACGAUCAUCAGGGACUACUACCCGGAAAUGCUCUCCAUGUCCUCUUUCAACAACUCCCUGAUGUACACAGUCGAGGCUCUGGCCAUGGGCAACAGCAUGAUGGACACAUUUGUCUACAUAGCUCUGAAUGAAAACAUCCGCUCAACCAUGAAGCACGCUCCUCGCGACAUUCUGCAGAACUACAGGCAGUGGCGCGGACGGAAGGUUCGUCCGUGCAUCAGGAGCUUCGCCACUAACAUCGCCAUGUCGCCGGCCGGGUCGCAGAGGUCCAUGCGGAAUGUUGGUUUGACCUUCAUAGCGCCAGUGAAGGGCGCUCGGAGGUCGCCACGUCAUGAUGUCAUGGCGACUACGUCGGAAACGGAGAUCUUGGAGUGAACAUUACAUCCGACAGUCAUCAUAGAAUGCAAGGCUUUCUGACACGUGAAAGACAAUAAAACACAUGAACUGUAUUCAUGGAUGAAAGCAGUUGAUGAGAUUUUGGUAGUCUAGUGUUCACGCUAUGGUCGACAUCCAACGGAUUAUCAUAACUUCAAAAUCUGGGGCAGUUUGUAACGUUAGCAACACAAUUAACGUUAAUACAAAAUACUUUGUAAACGUGUGCUCUAUGACAAAUGGUUGGCAUGUAAUGAUAUGGUAUGUCUUGUGUCUGGAAAUGAUUUUACCCUUUUUUUCAAAUUUUGUCUAUUGGGUCGAGCUCAGAAUCGCACGUUUCACCUUCACGGCUCCUGGUUUCUGUAAUUGACAUUCUACGUUAAAAACGAACUACAGCUGGACAUAGAUUGAAGAUAAAUGUAGCCUGGUUGACUAAUCUUCACAAACGUGUACCGCUGGACAUGUACAAUGUGAACCCCUUCACUGAUCCAACUGCACUCGCGCAGGCCAAAUGUAAAUACUCCUGGGACAUUAACAAGACAAGUCAGGACAUUGUUAUGCAAACCGACCGACGGAGGCUGAACAAAUCUGGAUGUAUAUAAAACACGAAACACGAACUCUUCACAAGUCAGCUCUUUAUCUACGUACAUGCACAGUUUGAUUUGCGAAAUGGCUGGUUCACUUACAAACCUGUAAACAACUUCUCUGUUGUUGAUUUUGUCUCCCGACGCCUGUAUACAGCUCUACAUAUUCAUUAUCAUAUGUAACGUUAAGUACGGUGCAAUAGUAUAAGAUCGUUCACCAUUCCGAGUACGCAUGCACAGUGAAAUUGCGGGUCCAGAGGCAGUAACAAACACACAUUGUUAUGCAAAUCGAAGCAAUUGUCCAGACGAGAACUGUCAGGAAGCCAUGAGCAGUCACCUUUGACAUGUUACCCACAUUUCAUGUCGCUACUCAACCGACAUUGCAACUGGAGAUCUCCACUCGUCAAGUGAAACAUAAGCGUGCGAUAUCCAGUGUAACGUUAUAGCUAUCAUUACUUUAAUUAACAUGAUAAAGCUGGUAUAUCAAGGUAUAGCCGGUAAUAUACUUAUCACCAUUUUGGUAGAUUCCAUUUUAAUUCACAAUAAGCGUUCCAUAGAGCGGAUUCAACUUUAGUUUAUGUACUUACAAGACUUAUAGUACAACAUUGAUAGUGAGCUUUUGAUGACCUUUUACAUCCAUGGAAGUAGAAACAUAGUUAUAAUUAUAAUUAUGAUAGAAUGUGAUAUGAUACCGCAAACCCACCAUUUAUUUGAGCUGUUCUGUGUCAUACUAUUGUAUUACAAAACCAACUAACACCUGUUAAUAUAUGCUUUAGUACACUUUAGGAAAAUAUUUAUAUGUAAUAUAUUUGAAUGCAC